AUGGGAGAUCGGUAUAUAUCUCAAUUUUCCACAACCUUCGCCGCUGAGCUUACCUCGGAUCAAGGCCAUGCCUUGACGAUGGCUUCACGCCAAGAUUACCUACUGGGCAAGAUAUUGGAGAUGGAGAAAUCUAUGGUCAAGAUACCGGAGAUGGAGAAAACUAUGGGCCAACUGUUCGAUUUGAUGAAAUCAAUAACGCAGGAGCUUCGCUUACAAGGCCCUAGUCUAGAAAUAACGAUGACGCCACUUCCACCUUCCACGGUGAUGGAGUACCGCAAUCCUAACCAUGAGGCUCAUGAUCUUUACCAAAGCUUGCCCGAUAAUUGGGAGCAUGCAUCAAUGACGGUAACUCAAGGGGAAGCUAGAUCUGUAUGUUUACUCGUGUCAUCUUAUGGGGACGGGAUUUACACUAAUGCAGUCUAUGAAGUGAAAUUCAAACACGGAGGAGAAGUCCCGGUAAUUAGACAUGUUGCCAAGUUCCGAGAGGGUUAUUGCCCUCAGGCUGCAAGGGUUUUCAACCACUCCAAUUUAUACUACUUUGGUGACGACGGUGGAUUUAUUAUUGACACGGAGACUUGGUCAAAAUGUUCAUCUAUUCCUCCUACCCCAGCCUCUAAUUCACUUGUGUAUGCGUAUGACAAGGUUUAUUAUCUUGCACGUCGAACAUGCCUCCAACCAGUUACGGAGCCGUCCUUCGGCCGAUAUGAUCCUAAUCAGAAGGUUUGGGAGAAAAUGACUCCUUUUCCAUUUUAUGAUGAUUAUGACCACCAUAUGCGAAUAACUGGUUAUGCCGUUUGUCAUGACGUUAUUUUGUUUUCAUUGUGUGGCUUGAUAAACGGGGAUUUUUGCAUCGUUGCUUUUAACGUGGGUAGAAUGGAUUGGAAUCGGGUGAAAUUUGACACUUCUGAUUGCCUUGCUCCUCCGUUCCAAGGGAGGGCUGUGGUUGUAGGCAAGACUAUCUAUGCCUUAUACGGGGAGGCAGAGAUUAUAGCAUUCUCCUUUAAGAUGGAGAAAGGCGGUGAUGAUGAUAUUGCAUAUUCCCUAAGCCAACUUUUUAUAUUGCAAUGCCUUGAGUUCGCUCGUCCGCUAAUGCCAUGGCUUGACGAUUUGACACAGUGUUUGGUUCAUUUGGGGAACCAUGACUUUUUCUAUGUCCAGACUGGCUGGUGCGAUUCACAUCUCAAGGUUCAAUAUCUUAGUAUCACCACGUUUCAAAUUGUUGUUGGAGAAGGAGGAGGACAUAUGAUCAAGACCAUACAUUCAACUGUUCAUUCUGUGGAUAUCAAGGGCUCUGAAUGGUUCGAUCUUGUUUUAUGCUUCACACCUGAGUGCGAGGAUUAUGAACACAUAGAAGAGGAGAGUAUGGCUAGUAUGAGUCAGCCAAGACAAGAAAUAACCGCCAUGAAGCUGGAAACAGAAGCCAUGCUGCAUGAAGAAGCGAAUGAUGAUGUGAUAAUCGGAUAUUAG